AUUUAUGUCAUAUUUUUCUGCACCACGGUUCAAAUUCGAGCAGACGUAUCGGAGCGAUCAAAAUUGUGAAUAUUGUGCAUUAAUUGCUAUUUUAAAGUUCUAUUAACCAGUUCAAACGAAAUUUUCCACAGUUGUUAGAAUGAUUAAUCAAAAAUGACUACUUUUCGGUCGCGAUCGAGAUCUGUAUUGCCAGAAGUGAAGUUGUGCGUGGAACAGCAAAAGAGGAUACAUUGGGUAGAAUAGAUGAAGCAAGAUGCUACUGAAUAUCGAUUUUGUGCAAAGUAGAAAAUUGACUUAAAUGUGUUAGCAAUAAAUUGUGCUACCGACGACUAGAAGCUAUUGCCAUUUGAUAUUGAUCAAAAGUGUUCUCGUUAAAUUACUCUUAAGUCCGUCGACAAAAUGAUGGAAGCAACAGAAAACGGUGGCAAUACAUCGUAUGAGCCUUUGGAAGGACGAAGGGCUUUUGAUACAUCUGACAGCCCGGAGAUGGAGGGAGGUGGACCACCCAAGGAUAGGAAAAAGCUAGUAUUUUUUGCAUUGAUGACGGCCGGCGUAGGAUUCGUGCUGCCAUAUAACAGUUUCAUCAUAGCGGCAGAUUAUUGGCAGUCUCGAUUUCCGGGUCAAUCUGUAGCGUUGGACAUGUCAAUGACGUACAUCAUAGUUGCAUUAGGAGCUGUAUUACUCAAUAAUGUAUUCUUAUCGUUAGCACCUUUUCGCGUACGAGUUGCUUUUGGAUACGCGAUAUCGUUCACCACAUUGGUUUUCGUUGCACUUUGUGAAGUGGCUUGGCACAUGUUUAGUGCUAAAACGGCGUAUUCGGUAAACUUGGCUGCCGUUUCUCUGGUGGCCAUGGGAUGCACAAUACAACAGUCCAGCUUUUAUGGGUUUGCCAGUAUGUUACCAAAACAGUAUACUCAAGCUGUGAUGGCCGGAGAAAGUAUUGCUGGAUUUUUGGUAUCUUCCAAUCGCGUUGUUACAAAACUUCUUAUCAAAAGCGAUCGAGCGUCAACGGCUAUAUUUUUCCUGACGUCAACGGUUUAUAUAGCAUUUAGCUAUGUCCUACAUUCCAUUACAAGCCACUCGCCGUUUGUACGAUACCAUAUGAAGGCUUGUGCUAAAAUCGUACUUCGACCCGACGAUGAUCACACAUUGAGUGACACCAUAGAAAAUGAACUGUCUAACGCCCGUUAUGGAGUCUUGGCAUUGGAAUCCAGUCCACCUGUCCACAUAACUCCAGGCACUACAACGCUCAGUUUUAGCAAUCCGGUAUACGAGUUAUCAAACCCAAGUGGAGCUGAGAAUGUGCUAGAGACCAAUAUCAAUAAUUUAACGUCUACCACAACUAGUGUAGCAACAAAUAAUAACGCUACAAAUCGCCCAGUCACAUCGCCAACCUCGGCGACCGCUUCGCACGAUAUACCGAACGUUGCGUUUAAGGUGGAACAUGUGAUGACUCCUGACAUCUGUACCGCUGGGCGAUUUGGAAGUUUCCGGAGUGGAUUGGAGUCCCGAUGGAAAGUUGCCCAUGCCAUUUACCCAUAUAUGGCUUGUAUAGCACUGGCGUACUGUGUAACUCUAUCCCUGUAUCCUGGAAUAGAGUCAGAAAUCAUUUCGUGCAAUUUGGGAACAUGGAUGCCAGUUCUUCUUAUGUUUACUUUCAAUACAUCUGAUGUAGUGGGUAAACUGUUGGCUGCAGUUCCAUACAGCUGGUCACGAAGGCAGCUCAUCUUGAUGUCUGGCUUAAGAGCUUUACUUGUACCACUUAUAUUGUUGUGCUGUUCUCCUCGUGAUCAACCUGUGAUUGCAGGGGAGGCAUCAGCAUUCGUCUUCACUGCCGCUCUUGGAGUUACCAAUGGGUUAGCAGGCAGUUUACCCAUGAUGCUGGCUCCAGACAAAGUUUCGGCCACAUUACGUGAAGUUACAGGCAAUAUGAUGACUCUCUCGUAUAACCUAGGAUUAACAGCUGGCUCGUUGGUAGGAUACGUAUUUGAGUCUAUGCUAGGCCCUCAGCUCCCAAAUCCUUGUCCACAAUAUCCUUUUGUGCCACCAAAGCCGAAUCAACCACCUUUCACUAAUCUAAGCUUCAGCAGUACCACAAGCACUACAACUUUAGCAACAGCCAUUAUCACUACACUAUCGUCAGCAAUAAUUCAAUCUAGCACAACAACUGUCACUCCGGAGACAACCACCAGCAUAUCAUCUAUGACGUCGACGGUAUCUCAACCAACCACAGUAUUCAACCAGUUGCCAACGAGUGUAGAAACAGAAACCAGUAAUCCUUUCGAUGCCAGCAAUUUAGUGACAAUAGCCGCUACUGUAGUAUAUAAUGCGACCCAGUCCAUCUUAGAAACAUCUACUGUACGUUAGAUGUCCAAAAAGGCAAAGAAAUAGGCAAUGCUUUCGAAUAGUAAUGGGAGCUCUGUACUGAUAAAAGACAAACAAAUCCUAGAAGAGCUUUAACAAAUUGACUUUGUAAAUGUUUUCCAGAUAUUUGUCGAGGUUUCUCACAAGACAAAUAAAAAAAAUGUACGCUAGAAUUAAUAGUGCAGAAAAUCGCAAUAUCAUCGUCCCAACCAGUCUUUUUCUGCUCUUUAUCGACGUGCCACAUUGAAAAGGCAGGUCCAUUGUUAUUAUUUCCUGUAAUAUAGUAUUCCUAAUUAUGUAAAGUGAGCAAAGUGAAUGAAUGGAAAACGGUGUGACGACUACUGUAGUGGCGCUUAGAAUAAGUGUUGAAUAAUGAAAGGUCACCGUGAUCGGAGAUUCUGGAAACAUUUUAGGUAGGUCUUGAAUCAAUUGACUCAUGCAAAGGAUAAGCACAUAUUUAUAUGACACAGCAGGUCAUACCAAUCUGGCUCAAUAUCGCGGUUAGGUAACGGUCUAGAGACUAGAAUAAGCUAACUAAUAAACAAAAUAGCAUAUUUUAAUCUACA